AUGGAUAUUGAUCCCUUGUGGAUUACUGCGGGGUGGUUAAUUACUACUGGUUCUAGUUUCAUGGCACCAGCUACCAAAUCAACAGUACUUCCUGAAUCACAAGCUAUGUUGCUGUUUCUUGGCCUUCUCUUGGUUGUUUCUCUUCUUGCUCGCCCCAUUGAUCCCAAGAAACUUACGCAAAGUCCCACCACAGAAUUGCAUCCACAGCAAACAAAGCAUAUACCACCUUAUGCUUCUUCUUCUGUUGCAGCUACAAUUUCUGGUUCCGAUUCAGGUCAACAGUUUAAAGCAGCUGCACAUGAAGUACCAAGCGGUCCAAAUCCUGAAUCCAACAAGUAA